AUGGCUUCUGGAAGCUGUGCAUGCCGUUACAUCCGAUACACGACAACUUCCCCGCCAGCGGGUCCUGUAUACUGCCACUGCAUCGAGUGCCGCAAACAGUCCGGUGCUCCCUAUCAGACAUGGCUGGACUUCCCAAAGGACACUGUCAAAUGGAGUGUCGAGCCAACUGUCUGGAGAUCUAGUGAUACCGCAUCGCGCAGCUUUUGUCCUCGCUGUGGUUCAACUAUGACGAUGACGCUGGACAAGGAGCCAUCCAACACGGAGAUCCCGGCGGGAACGCUGGACGUUGAGUCGGAACAUUUAGUGUCCAGGCCGGGAAAGCAUAUCUUCUACAAGGAGAAGGCCGCUUGGUAUGACGCACCGGAUGAUGGGUCGAUGGUAUUUAACGAGUGGAGCGAGUGA